UACUAUAAAUAAAAAUGGUUUUUAUUCAGUUUUGUAUAAAAAGAAAAAGUGUUUUGCAAAGUUUUAUCAAAGUACACCAAAGAUUGUUAUGUAGUGAAUUAAAAGAAGGUUCAACAAUUUAUGCUCUUUCAUCUGGUCAAGGGAAAUGUGGAGUUGCGGUAGUAAGAAUAUCAGGUAGUGAAGCUAAAUUAGCUCUGGAUAAAAUGACCAAUAUAUCCAAACUGGAACCUCGAAAAGCCUAUUUAAGGAAUAUUCGAAAUUCUGAAACUGGUGAUAUUAUUGAUAAAGGCUUAUGCCUUUGGUUUCCAGGACCAAAUUCAUUUACUGGAGAAGACAGUGUAGAAUUCCAAAUUCAUGGUGGAACAGCAAUACUUUCUGCACUAAUGUCUGCAUUGUCAAAAUUAAAAUUUCGUCCUGCAUUACCAGGAGAAUUCACUAGACGAGCUUUUUUCCAUGAUAAAUUGGAUCUGACUGAAAUUGAAGGCUUAGCUGAUCUGAUUCAUGCUGAAACUGAGCAACAAAGAAAACAAGCUCUACUUCAAGCUCAUGGCAAUUUGAGUUCUCUGUACAGUAGUUGGAGAGCAAAGCUGUUGAAAAGUUUAGCUCAUAUUGAAGCUUACAUAGAUUUUGGAGAAGAAGAGAAUAUUGAAACUGAUGUUUUUGAACAGUCUAAUAUUAAUUUAAAACAAUUAGCUGAAAACAUCAACAAACAUUUGAGAGAUGGGAGAAAAGGAGAAAUUUUAAGAAAUGGAAUAAGGACUGUGAUUAUAGGAGAACCUAAUGUAGGAAAAAGUAGCUUACUGAAUCGUUUAGUUCAAAGAAAUGCGGCAAUUGUUACGCCAAUACCUGGUACAACUAGAGAUGUUGUUGAGUUGACUGCUAACAUUGCUGGUUAUCCUAUAUUAUUGGCUGAUACAGCUGGUUUGAAUAAAAAUCCUAAUGAUAUUGUUGAAAUUGAAGGCAUUAAAAGAGCUAGGGAUCAAACUAGCAAAGCUGAUUUUGUAGUACUAGUUAUUAAUUCACUAGAAUAUACUAGAAGUAGAAAAAAGUUUUCUGAAUAUCUAAAUGAUUAUAUAAAGAAUUUGGAAUUAAAAGAUUUAAUUUUAGUGGAUGGAGAGCUUGGUGGUAAUUGUAUAGUUGUUGUAAAUAAGACAGAUUUAUUAACUGAAGAGGAAAAAUGGACUUUAAACAAGGAAAACGUUGUUGCAAUUUCAUGUAUUGAUGAGGAGGGUUUUCAAAAUUUACUAGAGGUAAUGGGAGAACGUUUUGAAGUAAUAUGUGGCAAUCCUAGUGCAGAAAAUCCAACAAUAAGUCAAGAGAGGCAUAGAAACCACUUGGAGCGUUGCCACGAAUGCCUAUUGAAUUAUUUUGACAUAAUAUCUAGAGAAGAAUACGACAUUGUUUUAGCUAGUCAAGAAAUUCGUAAGGCAGCUCGAGAAGUUGGUAAAAUUACUGGACAUAUUAGUACAGAAGAAGUAUUAGACACAAUUUUUAAGAAUUUUUGUAUUGGCAAAUAAAUAUUUUUAUUGUUAUAUUUUGUACAAAAUAUUCGAUAA